AACUACGACUGCGGCUGUGACUGUGACCACAACUACGACUACGACUGUAGCUACCAGUACAACUACCACUACCACUAUAGCUACCACUACCACCGCUACGGCUACGACUGCCGCUGCGACCGCUACUACAACAACUAUGGUCACGGCUACCGCUACGCUACGCUAUACACCCUCCUAGACAUCGUCGAUCCACGUGGUAACUAUCCGAGAUGCCUUCCAUCCUUAGUCUCCCGGUGGAGAUGAUAUCGUACAUCAUCGAUGGCCUAGGUAUCCGAGACCUGUCCGCCUUUUCGAGAUCUUGCCGUUCCAUCCAUAACAUCGUCACGCCGUACCUAUAUCGCUACUUCAAGGAUAACGUCGCGCUCAUGUGCUGGGCCGUCGACGAAGGCCGCAGAGGUACCGUCGAACGUCUGCUUGCGGCCGGCGCUGACCCGGAUGCUCCGUGGUAUCAUCGUUAUCCUAGGCCGCGCGUGCUUGCCGAACUCGAAAAGUACGAAGAUACGAUGCGCUUUCCGAACCCCUCGCGUUGCGUAUAUGAUGUCGAUGUGAUAUUCCCUUUCAACGCACACGAAUACGACGAAUACGACGAUGAGAUUUCGUACCAUAAUGGUUAUGGCGGUAGUGAUGGCGAUAGUGAUGGCGAUGGUGACAGCGAAGACAUUCGGCCGACUGGCAACGGAGCUGUUAGCGAAUUAUAUAGCCGCUAUUGCUGGACGCCUCUCCACAUUGCCGCUCGUUGGGGGGACGACGACCUCGUUGAUCUUCUGAUACGGUACGGCGCGGACGUCGAUGCCUGGUCGAAAGGCUUUUGCGAUUGCGUCGUCCCUUCGGAGAUCCUGGGGCCGACGGAUCUGGGGCCGUUAGACCCGGACCCGAUCCGAGACUUCGCCAUGCCUAUCUGGACGCCUCUGCAUACCGCCAUCUGCCACGGCCACGAAUCUACCGCGCGUCUUUUGAUAUCUAGAGGAGCUUCCGUCAACGUGUCGCCGUGGCUGGACGGGCCCGAUCCGUCUCAGGCUACCGCUCUCCAUUCGGCCUGCUAUUCCGAUCAGGCUUCCAUAGCCCGCUUCCUCGUAGACGAGGGACACCAGACCGAUGUCGAGGUCGAAGACUACUUCGGCAGCACGCCUAUGACCUAUGCGUACUUCGCCAGGAGCUGGCGCGCGAUCGAUUUCCUCGUGGAGGCGGGCGCCUCGCUCAACGCCACCCUGGGACCUUUCACCCUCUUGAAACAUGCCUGCCACUCGUGUCGCUUUGCCGAGGCCCUUCGGUUCAUUGAGCUAGGCGUGGACCUCGCCGCCUCCGAGUCUUCCCGCUCGAUAUACCCUAUAUUGCACAGCUGUUGCAGGCCCCCGCCUAUGUUGGGAGACGAAACCUCCCAGGAAGGCUCGAGGACGGUAGUCGUCCGGGCUUUGAUCAAGGCCGGCGCCGAUUUAGAAGCUAGGGACAUAGAUUCCGCGACGCCGCUCAUAAAGGCGUCUCUCAUGGGUCUCGAUGACCUCGUCAAGAUCUUUCUCGAUGCGGGUGCGGAUAUCGAUGCGCGAGACGACGAUGGCGACACGGCGUUGUUGAAAGCUUGCGAUCCGACAGCGCUAUUUGUUUUUGAUUCCAGCGCGAAGACACUGCGUACGGUGACGGCGCUGCUCGGUCGAAUCCCGCCGAAUACCGAUUUGUUCGACGUUAUCGGCAGAAUUUGCGAUAGGUCCUUGGGUUCUCGGCUCGACGACGACAGGAUCGAGCUGGUGCGGCUUCUGGUGCAUCACGGAGGACAAGCGACGCUUGAAUCGAGGGGCGGCCAUAUGCUGAUCGCGAGGGCGCUCGCCUCGGGCAACGUGCCUUUCUGCGACACGCUGCUGAAGCACGGAUUCGGCGAGCCUACGUUGUUGGAGAGCCAGGCGAUAAUCGACAAGGCGAUAGAACGGGACGACGCCCGCGCUCUCGAGUACGUCUUCACGCGUCUCAGUUGCGCCGAGAUUUUAAAGGGGCCAGGCAAAGUUAUCGAUUUGAUCAAGGCUGACAAGCUUAACUGUGCGUCGUUCUUGAUCAAGGCUGGGGUCCCCUUAGACUACCGUUCCGACGACGGAAAAAGAUGCCUGAUAGAGGCUUGCAAGGUGGGCAGAACAGACGUUGCCAGGCUGCUCCUCGAGAAGGGGGUCGACCCGAACGCGGACGUGGACGGUACGUUACCCUUGUUGGUCCCGACCAUGGAAGAAAAUGCCCCCCUGAUCACCCUGCUUCUCGAGCACGGCGCAGACAUGCAUUGGCAUCCCGAAUGCGUUGACAUCGACGAACGGAUCCUCGGUCCGCUCGAUGUCGCGAUCUACCUCGGUCUCUCGAUUGCUGUCAGGGUGAUGGUCAACCACGUAAGCUACCUCUCCGCGACCAAGGAGCAGCGUGUGGCGCAUCUACAGAACGCUUGUUGCGCAAGCUCCGCCGCGUACGCUGACGGGAUCAUAAUCAAGCUUCUGCUGAGGGAUCAGACGGUAGAUCCGGAUACGGUAUUCCCGAGAAUGAAUAUGACGCCUUUGCACGUUUCCAUGGCGCUGGACAGGAUGCCAUCGGUUAUCGCUUUGCUCGAAGCCGGGGCUUACAUACACUAUGAACUUCUUCCCGUCGAGCCCCCUCUGCCAGACUCUACACCAAACCCGUUUGUGGGAACGACACCGCUAGAGUGGGCGGUCGACGUUGCCCCUUUUGAAUUCGUCAAAAUCAUGAUAGAAGCUUCGUUGUUCCGACUUGCGGACAAACCCGAUAUGUUUCUACGCUAUGCCCGAGCCGCUUGUCGUAGAUAUAAACCCGAGAUAAUGAAGUUGCUGCUCGACAACGGCCUCGAUCCCCACGUUUCUGACGAGGAGGGCAACUCGCUUCUGAGCAUAUUCUGUCAGACGAUCGAUAAGAUCUGGCCCAUCGAAGAUCCCGAGUGGCCAGCAGCAGCGAGGGUCGCCGUUAGAUCAGCCAGAUGCGUUUCCAUACUUCUCGAGUACAAGGCCGACCAGCAUAAGAAGAAUAACAAAGGCGUAUGCGCUUUAAACCACAUUAGACGUAUGAUGGCCUAUGAAGGAUCGAGCGAAUUUCACCAGGAGGUUGCGAGGUGGUGGAAUAGAGAGUUGAUCUAUGACGAAACAGGAGUACGACCUGGACCAGAAGGCCCAUGGACCCAACUUGACUUGCCUGACAGGCCCCCAUCCCGACAACGAUGACGACAAAGACGAUAUCGACGACAUUGCCUCUACAUCUGGAAUCGUAGAUACUAUUCCUGAAUGAUUUAAGCAGUCAAAUCUGAACAAUCCAUACAAUCCAUACAACCCAUAUAGAAGAUAGAAGCGCAAAGCUACCUAGUAGACUAGUAGAAUGGUAACUGUUGGUUCCUACCCUGGCUGGACCGAUGUGAUUGAUACCGUGAGGAAAUAUCGUGUCUCCUGUACGGAUUGGUGGUGUACGGAUUAGUGUAUUGAUUAGUGUACGGAUGGGGGUACGGAUUGAUAGUUGGUCAAAAGCAGAUACAAUCAACUGGAACGAAACGGACCUCGGGGCCAGGGGAGUUACGGUGGUUGUCUAUCGACCCAAGAAAU